UGUCGUUGUCGCUGACGAAAUUAAUUAAUUACAGGCUAGUUGUGUUGUUUAGAAGUGUAAUGAGUGAGCAUUUAAUCCCUUCCUUUUCCAUCUUUUGUAUGAACCUAUGAAACAUAUAUUUUCGAAAGACAUAAUAAAUACAACAAACUCAAUUAUUUGAGCUCUAACAUUAUGGCUGUUGUUAGAAUCAAACGACGAUUCCAAGAAGAACCUAUUGAUACCAUUCUACUAGCAUGCAAGAGAAGGAAAACUGACGAUGAUGAAAAUCUAACAACCAUUUUUAAGUUUACUGCUACAGUUGCUGAUCAGGAGGAAAAUAUUUCAAAACAUAUAUCCAAAGUUGUCGGCUUCCAAGAUGCCAAGUCUUUGCACAAAACCGCAAAUAUUUCAAACAUCACUGAAAAACUGAGGACGGAAAACAAACUUUUCUCACAAAACAGUAGACUAAAGGUUGUCAAUUGCUACCGAGCUCUUACUGAUGCCGACAGUUUGGAUGAUGCAGAAAGCAGUCUUACAAUUGUUGACAUAGAGAGCUUACCAGCCUCUGAACCUACAACUUCUACCUUGGCUGUUGAUCCAGCUACAGAUCCUCUCAAAUAUGUUUACGACAUAUAUUAUGCACCUGACUGCGACUUCGAUGACAAGUUACUAGAAAAUCCGAUCAGCUGCCAUGCUCUUGAUGACUUGGUAUUUGAGGAUUAUGCCAAGGAUUCUUGUGACAUUGAAGAAGAAUCAGACGACUCUAAUGAUGAGAACAACUGGCGCAAUGACUAUCCAGAUGAAGAUCCUGACAGCAUUGGAGAAGAUGAUAUGAAAUUGGCUUGUCAGAUGGGUGGCUUGGAUUUAAGUCAAACAAAUUCACUAUCGUCGGACGCUGGAGAGGAGGACUUGGUCUAUGGAAUGGAUGACCACGACGGGGAGUAUUUGAGUUACGACUACGCUUCCUAUAAGAAACGAGUCGCCAGAGAACUGGACUCUGACGCGAGUGAAGACAGCGACUUUUAUUACUGCGACAGCGAUCUAGAGAGUAAUAGGUCUUAGACUUCCUAAUUACUAUGUCUUAGAUACUUUACUGUAUUUACUUUUAUUGUACAUAGAAAUAAAUUAGUUUGGAAAUCUAUAAUGACAAAUUUGAUACUAUAUACAAAUUACAGUAAACUUUCAUUUAUCUUAAUCCCAUUUAUACAGACUUCAUAAACGUUUUAUGCUGCCAAACUAGUUGACAUCAUUGUAAACUGUGUUGUUUGGUUGCAUAACUAGGUAAGUUGGUAGCGAGGCACAAUCCAAAACAAAGGCAGCGAUGUUGCGGGAUUGUGUCCGGACCCCACUAAUAUUUAUCGUUGCAGUUGAUUCUUGUACUGUCCCGACUCACCCCUGGCUUUCCUUGGUAGAUUUCACACACAGCCCUGAGACCCAUGUGGACAGGUGAAUGUAG